GUGCGGCACCGCCCAUCUGUUCGUCCGGACGCCGCGAGGGCGGGGCCCGCAGUUCGGUUGCGCCGCGGAGCGCAGCUGUGAGGGAGUCUUUCGGAUCCGGGGCCCCGGAACCCGAGCUGAAGCUGAAGCGCAGACCGAGGGUGCGGAGUCGGGAGGCCUGAGUGUUUGUUCCAGCAUGUCGGAGGGUGAGUCCCAGACAGUACUCAGCAGUGGCUCAGACCCAAAGGUAGAAUCCUCAUCCUCAGCUCCUGGCCUGACAUCAGUGUCACCUCCUGUGACCUCCACGACCUCAGCUGCUUCCCCAGAGGAAGAGGAAGAAAGUGAAGAUGAGUCUGAAAUCUUGGAAGAGUCACCCUGUGGGCGCUGGCAGAAGAGGCGAGAAGAGGUGAAUCAGCGGAAUGUACCAGGUAUUGACAGUGCAUACCUGGCCAUGGAUACAGAGGAAGGUGUAGAGGUUGUGUGGAAUGAGGUACAGUUCUCUGAGCGCAAGAACUACAAGCUGCAGGAGGAAAAGGUCCGUGCUGUGUUUGAUAAUCUGAUUCAGUUGGAACAUCUCAACAUUGUCAAGUUUCACAAGUAUUGGGCUGACGUUAAAGAGAAUAAGGCCAGGGUCAUUUUUAUCACAGAAUACAUGUCAUCUGGGAGUCUUAAGCAGUUUCUGAAGAAGACCAAAAAGAACCACAAGACUAUGAAUGAAAAGGCUUGGAAACGUUGGUGCACACAGAUCCUCUCUGCCCUAAGCUACCUGCACUCCUGUGACCCCCCCAUCAUCCAUGGGAACCUGACCUGUGACACCAUCUUCAUCCAGCACAACGGACUCAUCAAGAUUGGCUCUGUGGCUCCUGAUACUAUCAACAAUCAUGUGAAGACUUGUCGGGAAGAGCAGAAGAAUCUCCACUUCUUUGCACCAGAAUAUGGAGAAGUCACUAAUGUGACAACAGCAGUGGACAUCUACUCCUUUGGCAUGUGUGCACUGGAGAUGGCAGUGCUGGAGAUUCAGGGCAAUGGAGAGUCCUCUUAUGUGCCACAGGAAGCCAUCAGCAGUGCCAUCCAGCUUCUAGAAGACCCUUUACAGAGGGAGUUCAUUCAGAAGUGCCUGCAGUCUGAGCCUGCUCGCAGACCAACAGCCAGAGAACUUCUGUUCCACCCGGCACUGUUUGAAGUGCCCUCGCUCAAGCUCCUCGCUGCCCACUGCAUCGUGGGUCACCAGCACAUGAUCCCGGAGAAUGCUUUGGAGGAGAUCACCAAAAACAUGGAUACCAGUGCUGUACUGGCUGAAAUCCCUGCAGGACCAGGAAGAGAACCAGUUCAGACUUUGUACUCUCAGUCACCAGCUCUGGAACUGGAUAAAUUCCUUGAAGAUGUCAGGAACGGGAUCUACCCGCUGACAGCCUUUGGCCUGCCUCGGCCCCAGCAGCCACAGCAGGAGGAGGUGACAUCACCGGUGGUGCCCCCCUCUGUCAAGACUCCAACUCCUGAGCCGGCUGAGGUGGAGACCCGCAAGGUGGUGCUGAUGCAGUGCAACAUCGAGUCGGUGGAGGAGGGUGUCAAACACCACCUGACGCUUCUGCUGAAGCUAGAGGACAAACUGAACCGGCACCUGAGCUGUGACCUGAUGCCAACCAGGGUCACCCCGCCGGGGCUGUGGCCAGGGCCGCGGCCCCGCCUCGGGCUCUGUGCUCACGCUCUCCCGUUUCUCUGUCAGACGAGAACAUCCCCGAGCUGGCGGCUGAGCUGGUGCAGCUGGGCUUCAUCAGUGAGGCCGACCAGAGCCGACUGACCUCCCUGCUGGAGGAGACCCUGAACAAGUUCAACUUCGCCAGGAACAGCACCCUCAACUCAGCCGCUGUCACCGUCUCCUCUUAGAGCUCCUCGGGCCAGGCCCCAACCUGCGCUGUGGCUGUCACCAGGCGCGCCGCAGCCCCCGCCCCUCCCCCCAGUCAGUAUUACCCUGUGAGGCCCCUCUCUCCUUUGUUAUUCAGGAGGGCUUUGGGGCCCCCUGGUUCUGAGCAUCACCCUCCCUGCCCCUCCCCGUCUCUUCCCUCCCUCUGCACUUUGUUUACUUGUUUUGCACAGACGUGGGCCCGGGCCUUCUCAGCAGCCGCCUUCUAGUUGGGGGCACGUAGCUGACCUGCCGGCUCCCGCCCAGCCUGUGUGGAAAGGAAGCCCACGGGCGCCGGGGGAGCUGCAUUCUACAAUCCCGCUGGGGCGGACGGGGCGGGAGAGAAGGGUGGUGCUGCAGUGGUGGCCCUGGGGGGCCAUUCGAUUCGCCUCAGUUGCUGCUGUAAUAAAAGUCUACUUUUUGCUAC